GGAAAUGCCAGAAGCCCCAGUGGGACUCCAGAUUUAUCUUUGACCCAGAUCGAGGGCUCUACACCCCAAAUGAGGUGGUGAAGAUGAGAUGCGCCGAAGGGUACUGGUCUUCUGCUGUGGAGAUCACCUGCGUGAAGCUGUACCCACGUCAAGGCUCCUCCAUUUCUCACAGUGGCUGGAUUGUGAGGAAAGACACGGGCCACUGGCACCGUAUAGAGGGGAACAUGACCUGUGUGGAGGACUUCCAGGUUGUCCCCGGGACCUUGGAGAUUUCCAGCACCAGCAUCAAACUGAACUGGACCUGCAAGCUCCCUGACGUCUGCCAGCGCAUGCGGGCCAUGUGCCGCCUGGCAGUGCCUUCCUCCCCUCCCUGUAAGGCUGAGGAAGUGAAGGGAGAGGAAAUACUACAUGGUGGGGAGGGAACAUUUACUUGUCCCCCUCUGCAGCCCUUCACUGUCUACAGUUUCACCAUCUCCCUGCCCCCCAACAUGGUCCUGUACACACAGCUCCUCACGACAAAGGAAUCGGGGCCCAUCAAGUGGCAGCCACUGCCUUCCUGCAAAGGGAAGAUCAUUGGAUACCAGCUGAACAUCACGGCCAGGAGAGCGCACAAUGGCAGCUUCCUUGAAUUCAAGCAGGUGAUGGUGAACCAGUCUGUCACUCAGUACACACCACCUCAUCAGACACCUGGAAGCAAAUACACCGUGACAGUGCAGGGCCUCACAGCGACUGGUGCGGGGGCUGCAUCAGUGCUGGAAUUUGAAAGCUAUGUCUCAGUUGCAGGGCAGCCUCUGGGUCCGUGGCCUGGGACGGCGGUCAUGGUGGUGGUGGUGCUGUCGGUGCUGGUCCUCCUGUCUGCAGGGAUCCUGUGGUUUGUGUUGUCCAGGAAAAGGAAGGCCUUGCCCAGCAAAGCCGAGGAGGACCAUUACACAGAGCUCCAGCCCUAUGAGAACUUGGAUAAUUACUGUGUGGUCAAGAAGACUCUUCUGGCAGAAGAAGAUGCAGGUAAAGGUGGCCAGGCUGGAGAGCUGUUGCUCCAGCCCCUGUCUGUUCUGGAGGCCUCAGGAGACAGUCGGAGCAAUGCGAGAGAGGAGAAGAUGGAGUGA